UACUAAACUGGAGGAGAGGAGAUUCACAAAAAACCAACUUCUCCGCUCAACCGAUAAACGACAUUCUCUUCUCAACACAGGCAUCCUGCGAGAGCGACACCCUGUUCAAUGAAACCAAACCCACAUUCAACCAAAAACAUCAUUAACAAAUCUCCAAAGGAGAAACAGAUUUUAAAUCAAACUUUACCUUAAAAAAAGCAUGCCAUGGCGCAAAUGAAGAGACCUGAGAAAGAGGUGGUUUCCUGCACUAAGAAUGCUCAGGAAAUGGAAAGCGUGAGAGGAAAUGAUCAGGGCAAGAAGAAAAUGGGCGGUAGUAGUGUCAGUAUUGGCAGCACAAGCAGCAGCGCCGGCGGCGUUGGCGGUGGCGGCGGUGGCGGUUGUUUCAAAUUAAACGUCCAUGCUCCAGAAUUCGUUCCUAGAACGUUUACCCAAAUCCCAGUUUCGGGAUAUUACUACCCAUAUUCGCAGUACCAAGAUUGGAUUUAUGUUGGUGAUCAAGAUUCAUUCCCCUUUUUCGACAAUAAAAAUGUUGUCUUGCCUCAGGACCGGAAGGAGGAACUCCCUGAAGAAGUCAGGCUAAAGAUCAUCAAACAGGUGGAGUACCAGCUAAGUGACAUGAGCUUGCUUGCCAACGAGAACUUGGCCAAACAAAUGAGCAAGGAUCCUGAGGGCUAUGUUCCUAUAACUUCUGUCGCCUCUACCAAGAAGAUCAAGUCUCUUCUUAGUAAUAAACCUAUGCAAGUGCUUGCUCAAGCGCUCCGGUCCUCAUCAAAGCUGACUGUGAGCAAUGAUGGCAAGAAGGUUAAACGAAAACAACCCUUCACUGAUAAGGACAAAGAGGAGCUGCAGUCCCGUACUGUUGUGGCUGAGAAUUUGCCUGAUGAUCACUCCCAUCAUAACAUUGAGAAGAUAUUCAAUGUGGUUGGAAGUGUGAAAACCAUCAGAGUAUGCCAUCCCCAAGAUUCCAAUUCUUCUGCUUCAAAGGGAGAACAUUUCAUUAGCAAUAAGCUCCACGCUUUGAUAGAGUUUGAGAGUCCUGAAAUAGCCGAGAAAGCUGUGGAGAGGUUGAAUGACGAAAAGAAUUGGCGAAAGGGGUUAAGAGUAAAGAUGUUACUUAGGCGCUCACCAAAGUCUGUUUUAAAGAACAGGAAAUCGGAUUUUGAUGGCUAUUUAGACGACGAUGAGCUAUCAGAAGAUACCCCGCAACCUAUUCAACCUGCAGAGCCAGCUAAUGACACUAACAAUAUUGCUGAAGAGAGCUCGAGUGCAUCAAAGAAGGGAUGGGGAAAAGCCCGAGUGAAACUCAGGCAGCAAAGCUUGAGUUACAGUGCCCGUGGCCUACUUUCUGCCUCGCCACAGCCUAACUGCCAUGUCCAAUCUGAGGGACCCGCUAAGCCGAUUGUGAAGGUGCCAAGAAUGCCAGAUGGAACCCGAGGCUUCACAAUGGGACGGGGAAAGCCACUCGGGGCAUCUGCUCCGUCCAGCUUAUCAUGCAUCGUCUGAUCUUAUGCACCGUUCAACUUUGCUCGAUCCAAUCCCGCUUAGCCUAGAAGGUAUAGCGUGUGUGUAUGUUUGCAGAUAAUAAUGGCGUUUCUCGCCAUUUUUUUAGUAUCACAGAAUCAUUCAAAUGUAUAGUAUUAGAAAUGUAGUAUUCACAUUAGGUCUCAGAAACCAACAAAAGCUCGUGGCUGCUGAUAUAUCGCCUAGCUUUUGUUUCAUUGUUCUAUAUAUUACUCAUCUUACUGUUCUAAUUAUUCAAAUUUAGGAUUUCUCUUCAAUAAUAUGUUUUUGUUUCUC